AUGAUCAGACGGGGCGGCGAGUUCCCUUCUCCACCGGUGUCCCAUCUGAUCGCUUUCAGUUCUCAGCAGCUAUCCUUAGAGCCCUAUCGGCCAGGCUUCAUGUUUGUGGUUUUCUGCUUUAUGGCAAUCAAGUACAACGAGAACAUCCUCAUGAGAAGGUCCACGGAGAAAGGGGAAGGGGCCCCUCCCCUCGCCAAAGCAAAAGCUUCUCUAGAGGAAGCGCCUCCAGAGUCUUCCUCAAUAAAGGCUUCAGAGUCGUUGGUGGAACAAAACUUAUCCACAGUCUCAAGUCUUUCCGAGCUGGAGUCGAACGCUGAGGAAUGGGGAGGUGGGAUCCUAACUUGGUGUGUAUCAGCCUGGGAAACACAGGCCGCAGUCUCAGAAACCCGGGUGGCAAAGGCUCGGGCAUGGGAGACCCAUGCUUUGGAGGCUCAGGUAAGAGGUGGCCCACAACCUAAGCCCAGUGCCACAAAAGAAGCGACUGUGACAACCUCAGAGGAGACAAGAUAUAUGAGCAGGGAGGAGAGUGACGUCUUCCUUCCCCGCCAGCUCUGGUCCAGCAAGCUUAAGUUCAUCCUGGCCAUGGUGAGCUACCUGCUGAUGCCGAUUCAGCUCUGGCGCUUUGUCUCACAGUGGCUUCACAAAGGAGGCUGCAGCUUUCUUAUAAUGUACACCAUAAUGUUGUUCUGGAUUGGAAUUCCUCUGCUCUUCCUGGAGAUGGCCGUUGGCCAGAGGGUACAGCGUGCCAGCAUUGACCUGUGGAAGACCCUGGGUCCCUGGUUUGGUGGACUGGGAUACAGCGCUUUCUUGGUGUGCUUCAUCAUCAACACCUACAAGAAUCUGUUUAAUUCCUGGAUCCUCUUCUACAUGAGCCACAUAUUCUACUUCACUGUUCCAUGGCAGCACUGUCCCUUUCAAAGGAACUCCAGUAGCUUUGAUCCCGAAUGUGAGCAGGCAACAUCCUACACGUACUUUUGGUACCGGCAGACCCUGAAAGCCUCAGACAGAAUAGAGGACGGAGGGCCUGUAGCUUUCAACCUGGGCAUAUGCCUCUUUCUGGCUUGGUGUCUCGUUUGUGUUUUCAUAAUGAAUGGGAUCAAGUCCUUGGAGAAGGUUCUGAAUGUCCUGGUGCUGCUUCCCUAUCUCAUCAUCUUCUGCUUCUUCUUCCGGACUCUGCACAUGGAGGGCACAGUGUAUGGGCUGAAACACCUGCUGGUUCUCGAGGUGGCAAGCAUUUACGACCCAAUCGUGUGGUCCCAAGCAGGGGUCCAGGUCAUAUUAGACAUGGGCCUAGGCUUUGGGCCCAUCGUCUACUUGUCCUCAUACAUGCCUGACUUCAACAACUGUCUGGGGGACGCCUUCCUUAUGGUCCUGAUCAAGAUGCUCACCUUGCUGUUCAUCAUGCCUUUCAUCCUCUCGAUCCUGGGCUUCUGGGCCACCAUAACCACACAUCGCUGCUGUGAGAAGAACACAGAGAAACUUAUGAUGCUGGUAGCCCAGGGGAUCCUACCUCCUGAGGUGCGGCCCCCUACCCUGACGAAAAACCCCACCUCCACCUACAAUUCCUGGCUCGACCGCCUCCCGCCACCCUUGAGGAGCACCGUCCUCAGCAAGGUGCCCGAAUGCAACAUCCAGGAGCAUUUUCUGAAGAUUGAGGAGAGCCCCCGCUUCAUGUUCCUGACCUUCACGGAGGUCAUCUCUCUGCUCCCUGGGUCGUUCUUCUGGACUGUGCUCUUUUUUCUGCUGCUGCUGAGUAUGAGUUUGUGUGCCAUGGUGACGUUCAUGCUGGGCAUCAUCACCCCGCUCCAGGACACCUUCCCCUUCUUCAGGAGACAGCCAAGGAUUCUUACAGUGGGUGUUUCCGUGGUGAUGUUCCUGUGUGGCCUCUUCUUCAUCCAAUCUUCAGGCAUCUACUACUAUUGGCUGCUGAGUGAAUACUGGAUCGUCCUGCCCAUCAUCAGCAUCGUCUUGUGUGAAAACCUUGCUGUAGCCUGGGCCUACAGGGCCAAGAGGUUCCUUGCAGACAUGAUGGCGCUACUAAGCCGCCCCAUCUGCCCUAUCUGUGGCUGGAUAUGGUGCUAUGUGUCCCCAGUGGUGCUGCUAGGCCUGUUAAUAGCUGUCUUCAUUCAGAUGGGUACAAGGCCCCUCACCUACACAGCCUGGAACUCCAGCUCUUCAAAAGAGACAGUUCAACAAUACCCAAUGUGGGCCUUGAUUCUGACAGUCGGGCUGUAUGUCAUCGUCCUCAUUCCCAUUCCUGCCUACAUUGCAUACUGCCUCACCCUGGGGAUUCCCUUCAGGCCUACAGCAUCCCCUAAGCUCUCCAGUGGAAGUGGCCAGCCACUGACGAAGAAAAAGGCCUCAGAGGAUAUUCCACAGGGCUACAAAACAAAGUCCUCAUCAGCCUGA